GAAUUUUGUUUAGCGUAGAAUAGACAGCUUGAAUGUGGACGAAGUUCGCCGUAUGAGACAAUCUGGCGGCGAAAUCGAGCGUCAUGUUGAGUUGCCCUCCGCCACGGGAGGCACAAGUCCGUGGACGGGCGAUUCUGGAACUGCACCCGGGAUGCCGGAAAAUCGAAGACACUCUAUUGAUAGACAAUGACAGAUUGCGCCAAGUAGAUUCGAACAAAACGACCGUCUCGAGACGAUAUCACGUUUCCAACGAUGAUGAAGUCGUCGAGGAAGAACUAUGCCUCCACGAUAACGUGAUCGUGUUGACCGAGGGAAAAGUGGGAAUGAACAAAGCCAUGAAAACUUUCACCCUGCCGGAGGGUCGGAACGAUGUUUUCUGGGCGAGAUAUUGCACCGAAGACAUCAAGUCCAGAACCGUGCUAAAACUAAGAAACGCGAAGCAGCCUGAUUUCAAGCACAUCAAGUGCAUAUCGGCUCUGAACGCGAACUCGAAACUCCUCUAUACGUACAGCAAUGACGGUGAAGACUACGUCACGCACAUGCCGUUCGAUGUUCAGAAGAUCUGGCCAACCGACAAAGGUAUACUCCUGGAGCGUCAGCUGCCCCGUGACUCUAAGAUGCCGCGGAUAUUCUCCCUCUUCCAUCCUCUGGACGAACUAGCUCCCGUGGAAAUAAUUUCGCUCCAUCGCAAGGCCCCCUACCACGAAGGAUCGCAGAUCUGCUUCAGCUCUGAGCUGUCAGAUUUCGUCUUGAUAUACAACAGCCGGGACAGAACGCAUUCGAUCUGCCGUUUCCGAGUGUCGAACACCUCCGAGGUGCAGGGGAAUCUCAAAAUCAAGGAUCUCAGUGUGCCUAGAAUCCAGAGUCCAGCGUUCUUCUCUUCGACUCCGGUCGUUUCUCCCGCCAAUCAGUCCACACCGGCGAUGUCGUAUCCGCUACGAAGUCGUCUGUCGGACACGCCGAAGAGCAAAUCGAUACAAAGUCCUGUAUUGAUUAGAGUCCAGAAGGCGACACCGCUGAAAAACGUCACGCCAAUGAAAACACCGAACCGAUCUAGUCUCUUCUCGUUAACGAACACGAGUCCCGACCCGCUAGGCUCCUCGUUCUCGGUUCCCUUCAACAGGACCACAACUUCGUCUUCCAUGCUGAGUCGAUUAAACGCGAACAUAACCGUUAUCGUUGAACCUGUUCUCCCGGAUUUGAUGCUCGAAGUGAUUUUCACCGACAAGUUGAUCUCGUCCGUCCCAGCCGACAAGGUCCGUUUGGUUCAGGAUCUUCUGAAACAGGAAUAUCUGGCCUAUAUCUCGAUACCGCAGCGGAAACUUCGUAUUUUGAAGCUCUGCGACGGCGACUUCGUGUUCGCCGGAGAGAUCGCAGCCUACGAUUUCGAAUACAUCGAAUCGCUACAAAUGAUGUUGGUCAUGACGUCCGCUGACGGGAAUCUCAUCCUUUACAGCGGACUGACCAUGUUGUGUCCGGUCCGGGCGGAGAGCUUGACCCCGGCUCAGUUUGCGGCGCCCACGUCGGCCCCGGUCGGGAGGAGAUCGCGUUCGUCCGCAUCGAACUUGACGGAAUCUAGUCGGCCGCAGAACAUUGCUUUCAACUUGAAGUCCGCGGGCGCGAAUUUGGUUUACAUUAACGACGUUCGCAAGGAUAAGGAGUACGUUCUGACGUUCCCCCGACACGACUACGGCGAAGCUGUCACUAGCUGUCUGAACGGUCUGGAGCAUCUUCUACAGCCUGACAUGAUGAUGGUGAUCAGACACAAAUGGUUCCUGCAGAGGUCGUACACCAUGGACGAGUGCGGGUGCACGAUUCGAGAGCUUCAGCUCUUUCUCCGUCUCAUCUUGCAGUUGAUCGGAUUCGAGCAUGAAGCCGAGAGCGUAUCCCGCCACAAGAGAUUGAAGCCCGAGACCGAAGAUGACGACAGCAACUGGGAAUUCCUUCUGACCUUCAGAACAUUCCCCACGUCGAAUACGAAUCUGAAGUUCAGCCCCAAUGUCCUCAGUGCGAUGAGCUACCACGUACUGUCCGCGUUGCACAUCGUUUACGAAGAACUCAAAACGAGCAGCAUCAUGGAGAUCCACUGCAGCGUCAUGGCGAGUUUCCUGGGUCGUCUCUCGACCGCCAUGGCCCUGCCCAAUUACCGGGAAUUCUACGCCAAGGACUUCCCCGACUCGAAGCUGACCCGAACGCACAGAAAUCCCGAGAGAGGACUGAAAGACCUCCAGAUUCCCCACUUCUUCGAGUCGGAACCUCCGAGUAUCGUGAAAUACAUUCUCGAGGCGUUGGCUGGGAAUUCCAGCGGCACGGCGUUCCCGUGCUUGGCUGGUGUCAGUAAGAGCAUCCAGUCGACGAUCCAGGUUUUCGGCACGCUCAUCGAGAAUGCGGAAAUGUCGUACAAGCAGCUUCCUUCGAGUCGGAUCUUCGUGAGCCGCAACGCCAAUCUCGAGGAAGUCCUCUCCGCGCCGGACCUUUCGAAAUUCAACAGUCGCUUAGCGUACCGUUUCAUAUUUAGCAAUCUGAUCAUGAAUUUGGCCAAUCGAUCGACUCACGACUUCAGUCCCGAGCUCUACACACUCCUCGGCCGUGGGGAUCUCGCCGCCCAAGUUACGCAGUACCGGUCGUCGAAAACGCAUUGGUUCAUCCCGACGCCGACCGAAACCACCAAAGGAGGCGAAGGCUUCGAGAACCUUUUCCAUUCGAUGCUGUCGCUUCGUUUCGACGACGAUACCCGUAUCAAAGAGGUCUGUUCGAUGCUGAGCACAUCAAGCCCGGUGACGAUCAACCUACGACAGGGCGCUGACGUUCUGGAUCACGACUUCGCGGAAGAGCAGGAACGAUGCCUCUACAGCUUGUGCAUCCGAACGCUCGCCCUGCCGCUGGGUCGAGGCAUGCUGACCCUGUUCUCGGUGCACCCAGUGAUCAGCGAGCCGAUCGUGAUCGCGCACUGUAAUCUCACGGGACGUCUCGGUCCAAAGGGUAUGGCUGUCGAACUGAAAAGCAUCGACACCCCUCUGAACAUGACGCACUGGCCACUGUUCCAUAACGGGGUUGCCGCCGGCUUGCGAGUGGCUCGUCACUCAAAGAACGUCACCAGUUCAUGGAUUGCCUUCAACGAGUCCUAUCAGGAAAUGAAUUCCGAAGCCAACAACAACGGAGGCAUGUUGGAAUUCGGAGGAUUCAUGUUGGGGCUCGGGCUCGGCGGUCACCUGGCGAACCUGAAUCCCGUAUUCAUCUGUGAACUUUUGAGGAAGAGGAACGCAAUCAUGAGCGCGGGGGUGCUCCUCGGUUUGGGCGCUUCGAAAAGAGGGAGCAUGAGUCAGGAAGCAACGAAUCUUAUCGCCAUUCACAUCGAUGCGCUCCUUCCGGCCACCUCGACGGAGCUAGACGUCUCUGCAGAGUGUCGAGUCGCAGCGAUCUCCGCUCUGGGCCUCCUGUACUUGGGCUCGGGACACUAUCACAUGUCCGACGUGCUCCUCAGUGAGAUCGGCCGACCCCCGGGUCCCGAAAUGGAGCAUAGCGUCGACCGAGAAAGCCACUCGCUGAGUGCCGGAAUCGCUCUGGGCAUGGUGAUGCUCUGCAAGGGAGAAUCGACCUCACAGGCGAUCCAGACGAAAAUCAGCAACGCACUUUACAAACACAUGGUCGGUGGACCGUCCCAGUUCGACGUGACGAGAUUCUACCGAUCGCCGAGCUACCAAAUCCGCGAGGGAGAUCAGAUCAAUAUAAGCGUCACCUCUCCCGGAGCGACUUUGGCCCUCGGUUUGAUCUACCACCGUACGGAAAACUUGAACAUGGCCUCUCUGAUGAAUGUACCCGAGACGCAAUAUCUUCUGGACACCGUUCAACCAGACUAUCUGCUGCUCAGGACCUUGAGCAAGGGUCUCAUCAUGUGGUCACAGGUCGCUCCGACCAAGGAAUGGGUGGAGAGCCACUUGACGAAAUUCAUUUCCGAAAACGCGUUCAAAAGACCCGCCGAAGAGAUACCCUACGACACCGUCGACUAUGAAGGAGCGACUCAGGCUUACUGCAACACCCUGGCCGGGGCCUGUUUCGUCUUGGGACUCAAGUACGCCGGCUCGAGCGAUCAGGCAGCCUUCCGAACUCUUCUGCACUACGUGAUGAUGUUCUACGAUAUUCAGAAGCAGCCCGCAGCCGAACAGGCGGGGAAAAACACCAUCGAAACGAGUCUGCUGGUCUGUCUUCUCGCCAGUAGUUUGGUGAUGGCCGGUACCGGAGAUCUCCGAAUACUUCGGCUCUGUCGCGUUCUCCGGAAACGUAUCGGACAGGGGACGAACUGCGUUUUUUACGGCAGCCAUAUGAUGAUCCACAUGGCGAUCGGGUUUCUCUUCCUGGGCGGAGGCACGCUCACGCUCUCGACGAAGCCCGAAGCGAUCGCGGCUCUCGUGUGCGCCCUCUACCCGAAAUUCCCGACGCAUUUUUCGGAUAAUCGCUACCAUCUGCAAGCGUUGAGACACCUGUACGUGCUCGCGGUCGAACCACGGCUGUUCGUUUGCCAAGACGUGGUUUCGGAUAAGCUGGUCAAGGCGUCGAUCACGGUGAACUUCAAAAACGCCGCCGAUAGCGAGAGGCUGGUCGCCCCGUGCAACUUACCGGAUCUCGAUCAAAUCGAAUCGGUCAUCGUGGACGAUGAGAGAUACUGGCGCAUAGAGUUCAGCAGCAAGAAUUUCGAUCUGCUCAGAGACGCGCUGGAGAAGCGAUCUCUCAUUCACGUGAAACAGAAGGCGGGCACGAUGUCGUACGUCGAUGAUCCCAAGGGAUACAAAACGGCUCUGGCGCAAUGCCACAUCAAGGAUGCGGUCAGGGGCCGCACUUCCGAGAGGAAACUGGUUCAUCUGGAAAGUUUCUCGAAUACCCCGAUCGUCGCGCGCUUCGUCGAGAACAUGCUGUCCGUCAGUGGAAAACGAGAUCAGAUGCAGGAGAAACUCUGCACGGUCGUGAUGGAAUGUGCCGCGGCCGAACAACUCGAAAUGCUUUCGAUUCUCACCGAGUUGAUGUCGCUCCGGGUCGAUUCGAAUUCGACUUUCAAUCUGCAACAGCUCAAACUGAUCCGGGACUUCAUGGCGUAUGCGCGCUCGAGACGGAUUUCGGUUUGUGGCGAAGACGUGAUCCUCGGCAUUUUGGAUGACGUUGAGAAAAAGAUUAGAAUAGACGGAGCGGAGUUCGAGGUGUGGUACGGACGAAAAUCAGAUUCGUUGCCGAGAAGCUUGCCGUCGUUGUUCCUGCAGCUCAGAGGGGGCGACGUGUCGUUGGAGAGCAUAGUGAAAUUGUACAAAUCGAUUUCCGAAUCCGGUUAG